UCGAAGAUUCCCGUGCCGCAACUAAACCACACCGGCCAAGGCGCUCUACGGCGGCGGCGGCGGCGUGCGCCGCCGCAUUUCGCCCCAAUCCGGCCGGGUCCGCCCGCCUGCUCCGUCGACCUCCUCUUCAACCACCCGGACCUCCUCCCGCCGGCAUCCCCCGUGGGAACGGCCUCCUCCUCCGCCUGCCUACAACGCCGAUGCGUUUCUCCAGGCGCGCGCAGAUGGGUGGGCCGGAGUAGCCCCAGCCACGGUCGAUGGUAUCGGCGGACGCGGAGUUCGUCUUCGUCAUUCGGUCUAUUAUCCCCCUUCUUCCAGUUCCGUCCAAUUGGAUCCCAGCGGUCAUACUCAGGACAUCCAUGCAGGGCCUUGAACUCAUGGACAUGGCAUCAUCCUUAUUACAAGAGAUAUCCCCGGACGGCCGGCGGCUGUACGGUGACGCAAAGAACCGGUCCGACGUCUGCUCCCUGCCUCAGCAAGCAACCGAGGAUAAUUCUGUGCCGGAAGAUUUUGCUGCUGUCCAGGCCAUCUUGAAGACGUUUGGUGAUGCAUCCAGGCUGAGAACUAACAUUGUGAAGAGCGUGGCUUAUCCUACUUCCUGUGAUGGUAUCGAUUUAUCUCGUAUACUGUGUGAUUUUGGUGGAGUGCAAGCUUAUUGGCCAAGGGUAUCUGGGUUUGCCUGUAGGGUUCAGAAAGCCGAGCUAUAGCCGGUUGUGCUUGACUAGGCUGCCGGCAAGCUCUCGCCAUGGAAAGAGCGCCUUCUCAACAGAACAUGGAAGACUGGUGCUUAUUAACUGGGUGGUGACUGCACAUGCUACAUAUUUCCUGACCACCUUGUGGAUUGGAGGCGAGUGUGCGCACCAAAGAUAUUCAGUUGAUCCCUUGGGCUGUGGUGGGAAUGGUCAGGUGGGAUGAUGAGAAGAGACCACGGAAGGACACUCAGACUCCGUGCGAUGUGGUUAAUAGGCAGCUCUUUUCCUGCCGCACCUCCAUCUCCCUUGGGGAUGGCAGCUUGGCCAUUCUCAGGAAGGACCGCUAGUUGGAAGGGGAUGCUCCGUGUUUUUUGGUGUCCCGGAAAUCUUCAGGCUGGCACGGUACAGAAG